GGCUAGCUGUUAGAAUAGCGGCUUUCUCGAGCGCUGAACCUGGUGGGUUGCAGUUCUGGGGUCCUGGUGACAGCGCAGGAGCAGGGUUGGAGCGGGGCGUCGGGGCUGAGCGGCAGGAUGAUGGAGGAGGAGGAACUGGAGUUCGUAGAGGAGCUGGAGGCCGUGCUGCAGCUCACGCCUGAGGUGCAGCUAGCUAUCGAGCAGGUAUUUCCAAGCCAAGAUCCUCUCGAUCAAGCUGACUUCAAUGCCGUUGAGUAUAUCAACACUCUGUUCCCAACAGAGCAAUCUCUGGCCAACAUAGAUGAUGUCGUGAACAAAAUUAGACUGAAAAUAAGGAGACUGGAUGACAAUAUCCGGACUGUCGUAAGAGGUCAGACAAAUGUGGGGCAGGAUGGAAGGCAAGCUCUCGAAGAGGCCCAGAAAGCCAUUCAGCAGCUCUUUGGCAAAAUCAAGGAUAUCAAAGACAAAGCAGAAAAAUCAGAACAAAUGGUAAAGGAAAUCACCCGAGAUAUUAAGCAGUUAGACCAUGCCAAGCGCCACCUGACCACCUCAAUCACGACACUGAACCACCUGCAUAUGCUGGCCGGUGGGGUCGACUCCCUGGAAGCCAUGACCAGGCGCAGACAGUACGGAGAAGUUGCUAAUCUCCUUCAGGGCGUCAUGAAUGUUCUGGAGCACUUUCACAAGUACAUGGGGAUCCCACAGAUCCGGCAGCUUUCUGAAAGGGUGAAGGCUGCACAGACUGAGUUGGGACAGCAGAUCCUGGCUGAUUUUGAAGAGGCGUUUCCUUCGCAGGGUACCAAGAGGCCGGGGGGACCCAGCAAUGUCCUGAGAGAUGCGUGCCUGGUGGCUAAUAUUUUGGACCCCAGAAUCAAACAGGAAAUCAUCAAAAAGUUUAUUAAACAGCAUCUGUCAGAGUAUCUAGUACUUUUUCAAGAAAACCAAGAUGUUGCCUGGCUGGACAAAAUUGAUAGACGUUAUGCCUGGGUGAAACGUCAGCUUGUGGACUAUGAGGAGAAGUAUGGUCGGAUGUUUCCACGGGAGUGGUGCAUGACGGAGAGGAUCUCAGUAGAAUUUUGUCACGUGACGAGGACAGAACUUUCCAAAAUCAUGCGAGCCAGAGCUAAGGAAAUUGAAGUGAAAUUGCUUCUCUUUGCUAUUCAGAGAACAACUAACUUUGAGGGGUUUCUUGCAAAACGCUUCUCCGGUUGCACCCUGACAGACGGAAUCCUGAAAAAGCUGGAGUCCCCACCACCGUCUACCAAUCCCUUCCUGGAAGACGAGACAACACCAGAGAUGGAGGAGCUGGCGCUGGAGAAAGGAGAGUUAGAGCAACCAAAGAAGCCCAAGGCCCCAGACAAUCCAUUUCAUGGCAUUGUUUCCAAGUGUUUUGAGCCUCACCUCUACGUGUACAUUGAGUCCCAGGACAAAAACCUCAGCGAGCUGAUAGACCGAUUUGUGACAGAUUUCAAAGCCCAGGGCCCCCCGAAGCCUAACACUGACGAAGGGGGUUCUGUACUCCCCAGCUGCGCUGACCUCUUUGUCUACUACAAGAAGUGCAUGGUGCAGUGCUCACAGCUCAGCACAGGCGAGCCCAUGAUCGCCCUGACUACCAUCUUCCAGAAGUACCUCCGAGAAUACGCCUGGAAGAUCCUCUCUGGCAAUCUGCCUAAAACCAGCAGCAGCAGCGGGGGGCUGACCAUCAGCAGCCUCCUCAAAGAGAAGGAGGGCUCUGAAGUGGCCAGGUUCACUCUGGAGGAGCUGUGCCUCAUCUGCAGCAUCCUCAGCACAGCCGAGUACUGUCUGGCCACCACCCAGCAGCUGGAAGAAAAACUUAAAGAAAAAGUUGAUGUCAGUCUGACUGAGCGAAUUAAUCUCACGGGAGAAAUGGACACAUUCAGCACUGUCAUCUCCAGCAGCAUCCAGCUGCUGGUUCAGGAUCUGGAUGCAGCCUGUGAUCCUGCCCUGAUUGCCAUGAGCAAGAUGCCGUGGCAGAAUGUGGAGCACGUCGGUGACCAGAGCCCUUAUGUCACUUCCGUUAUUCUUCACAUUAAGCAGAAUGUUCCCAUCAUCCGUGACAACCUGGCUUCCACACGGAAAUACUUCACACAGUUCUGCAUUAAAUUUGCAAACUCAUUCAUUCCCAAAUUCAUCACCCAUCUCUUCAAGUGCAAGCCGAUCAGCAUGGUGGGGGCAGAGCAGCUGCUGCUGGACACCCACUCCCUGAAGAUGGUCCUGCUCGAUCUCCCAUCCAUCGGCUCACAGGUGGUGAGGAAGGCACCUGCCAGUUACACUAAGAUUGUCGUGAAAGGCAUGACCCGGGCUGAAAUGAUCCUCAAGGUGGUGAUGGCCCCUCAUGAACCGUUGGUGGUGUUUGUUGACAACUACAUCAAACUCCUUACGGAUUGCAACACAGAAACCUUCCAGAAAAUACUGGACAUGAAGGGGCUGAAGAGGAGCGAGCAGAGCAGCAUGCUGGAGCUGUUUCGGCAGAGGCUCCCUGCCCCGCCCUCAGGGACAGAAAGUUCCAGCACACUGUCCCUAAUGGCUCCAACACCAGAGCAGGAAUCAUCCCGCAUCCGCAAACUUGAGAAACUGAUUAAAAAGAGACUGUAAGGAAUAUACAGACAUUGCCAGGGACCCUGAGCAACAGGUUUCUGGAAACCCUCACUCUCAGGGCUCUAGGUCCUUAGUCUUGAAACCCCCGGGGUCAUUACGGUUAUUAAAAUAUCUCCCCCAUACCCUGUCUUAUUCUCUACGCCAGUCAGGGAAGCUGAGUGAAACUGGGUUCUAGAAAGGCAUUUUUUACAUUAUCUCCCAUUCCUGAAGCUGGGGAAGCAUUGGGUGAAAGGCCCCUGUGGUUCACUUCUAUCUCCAGGCUGCCUGUGAUGGUUAAAUUGUCACUAACUCACGUCACCUCAUUACAUACUCCUCCCCACCAGCUCUGGGCCCUACUAGCUUGUGCCUGAAGCUUGACUGAGGAAGCCUGGAUCUCACCCCUUCCUCCCUCUGCAUUUGAAGUCAAAGCCUCUACAACCAGGGGUCCUUUUCCCUCCUUGUCUCUGGAAUUGGCGUGGGGCCUGAGUGAACCGAGUGGCAGAUGACAGAGUGGAAUACUGGCUUCUCUUUAUCGGGACCCUGCCAGAAUUGGCACAUCCCACAUUAAUUGCUGCUUUCUAGGACUUAAAUCUACUGUCUUCCAUGACAUGGCCAAAUUACCCCUGUGUUCUCUGACAUCUGCUUACUCCCUAAAAGAGAGCUGCCCACUGAUUCUCUUGCACAUCGAGGAGAUGGACUGUGGAGGCUGGUGUGCCCAGCCUUGGCAGCAGGUAUCUUGCCUGUGAUUGCCUGAGCUGGUGUGGAGGCAGACCUAGAGCUGAUGUAGAGACAUAGUCUGCAUGGCACUCUCCCUGCUCACAUGAACACAUUGUCCAGCCCACUUCACUUUGCUCCUGGAUCCUAGGGAGGAGACUGUCUUCUGAGACACUAGGAAGGUCCCUUGGAAGAGCUUUCUUGGCAGAGGCUGUGGGGAGGAAGACACAGUAAAUAUGAUCACCUGACUUCCCACUCCCUGUACAUUUCAAGUCUAGAGUACUUCCUAGAGUCCCUGAAACAUGGUGGCCGCAUAUAGCACCACAGUGGCACAUCAUUACUACUAAGAAAAACCACCUAGGAACGUGAUUACUGACCUUGCACCCCAGGCUCAGAACCUUAAACAGCCCAGAGCAUAGCCCAACCCUGUUCUGCCCAUGCUGCCUACCACCAGCUCAUGAAAUCAAGCUCUGCAGUGGGAAAUCACCCCACCUCCAGAGAAUGGAUGCCUCAUGAGGGCGGGCAUUAACCUGCUCUCUUGGCUCACAUGAAACCAAGGUUACAUGACCACUACCUCAGUGUGACCACCUUUAGUGACAGCUUUUGGUAGGUAUAAACUUGUCAACCAGUAGGACAGUAAGAUCUGGGUCCUUAAGUCAAUCCCAGAGCUCGGUGCUGCUCCACCACCACCACAGCAAAGAACUCAUCUGGUUAUUUCUAGCUACCCAUAAUGCUCAGCUUGGGUCCUGGGCCCUGUGUCUCUUUCUCUUUUCUUUUUGGUUCUUUUGACCACUAAGCUCCACCCCAGCCCUAGCGCCUCAUCUCUUCAUCAGCGUCUAAACUGUUCUUGCUAGUUGGUAUAACUCUUAGGUGUUGAGCAUUUCGAAAUUCUAAAUGCCAAGAAAACCAAUGGCAAGAUGCAUCGUAACUUAGAUGAGCGCAGCUCCCUGGUGCUCAGCAGAGGCUCCUCUGUGCUGCUCUGUGGGCCCAGGGGUUGCAUGGCCUGCCCUAUUUUGGAAAGAAGCCAUUGGGCUAUCUCCAAACAGCACAGCCAAUUCAGCCACCUGCCACCCACCCAGGGGAGCUGAGAAGCCAGUAGGCUCCUCCCCGACCAGGCCACUGUCGCCAUCCUCACACCGCUUACUACACUUCUCGUUUUGGUUCACUCACGAGAGGCUGGUUUUCCAGCCAUCUCCGUAAUGGCAUUGAGAUGUCAAGCUGCGAUAUCUCCCAGUUGGUGGUCACAGCCAGCCACGUUACUCCCUUGAUGUAUUACACUGUCGGUAAUCACCAAGGAGCCAGCAGAUAGAUGUCAGUAGGAGUUAUGUUAAAUGUCUUCUUGAUGAGGACUGAAUACAGUGUGUGCUGUAGAGACAGCCUAUUCCUCACCUGGGGAAUGCAUUAGAGUCCCCUGGGGCCCUUUGAAAAAUGCAGAUGUCUGGAGGCUUAACUCUGUAAGUCUGCAGUGAGGCCUGGUGUGUAUAUGUUUGGAAGCUGUCAGAAUCCACGGGAGACUGAUUCCAGGACCACACACACCCGAUGCAGAUGCUCUGUCCCUUCUAUAAAUGGCAUAGUGUGUGUAAAUAAUCUAAACACAUCCUCUCAUAUGCAUAAUGCCUCAUAUGAUAUAAAUACUACAUAAAUUUGGGUUGUUUUGGAUGGAUUUAUUGGUUCUUGUGGGGGGGGGGAGUGGUAGUGGUUUUAUUUUGUUUUGUUUUUAAGACAGAGUCUCAGUCACUACGUGGUCCAGGCUGACCUUGAACUCAUAACCCAGGCUGGCCUCCCAGCUACUGGCAGUACAGUUAUGCCUGCCAUACCUCGAAAUAAAUAGUUGUUACACUGGAUGGCUUAGGGACUAAUCACAAUUGAGAAACUAGUCUGUAUGUGUUCAAACAGGUUUUUUUCCUCCCCAAAUAUUGUUACUGCCUUUGGUAAAACCUCAGAUGCAUGACCCGUAGAUACAGAGGACAGACUGUAGAAUGCUUGUCCUUGCUGUCAGCCAUUGCAUUGAAAAGAGAAAGGACUUUUAAAGAAGGCCUGUAGCCCAUGUUCACAAGUGUGUGUUUCUCAGGCUGUCUAGGCCAAGGCUGUCGCUGUACAGCACCAGCACAGCCUUUCGAGUGGCUGGCCGCUUUCAUCUGAAGCUUGUAGAGAUGAUGAGGACGGGACCUAGAGCUGGACUCUUCCCAUAAUGAUAGGGGUUCUUCUUGUUGUCAUGGCCCCGGCUCAGCCAGGAGCUUAUUAUCAUCACUUCAAAACAACAGACAUAGCUAGGCAUGUGGUGCACAUCUCUAAUUCCAACACUGGGGAGGCAGAGACAGGCGGACCUCUGAGGUAGAGGCCAGCUUGUUCUAAAUAGAGAGGCCGGGCGGUGGUGGCACAGGCCUUUAAUCCCAGCACUCAGGAGGCUGAGCCAAGCAGAUCUCUGUGAGUUCGAGGCCAGCAUGGUCUACAGAGCGAGAUCCAGGACAGACACCAAAGCUACACAGAGAAACUCUGUCUCGAAAAAAACAAACAAACAAACAAAAAUUAGAAUUCCAGGCAAGCCAAGUCUACAUAGUAAGACUGUUGAAGAAAAACAGGACAAAAACAACAAGAAAUGUGAAGAGUUCUUUGCAACUCUUUUGUUAGGACAGAUACCUAGCUUAGAGGGGCCAGAGUAGAGAAAGCUUUGUUUAGACUCUACCUGCAAAGCCAUAGCCACAGAGAACCUCUGGCCUCUUGUAGAGCCUUGCAGGUGCAAGGCCUUGGGUGCACACCCUAUCACAGAAAAGAAAAUUCCUCUCUGACAGAACAAAGAAUCAGCACCAAGAUUCUACCCAAGGCCCAGAAAGGUGCCCACUUUGCAUGCAUCUCAAGUGGCUCGUAGGUGCCCACCAAAUGACUGAAAGAAGAGGGCACAGGUCCCAGCUGCUGCUUGGCACGGGGGGCAUCGCACAGGCCCAUCCUGAGUCGCUGUUGGACAAGGAAGCCUGGCUCCCUGUUUACAGAAGGCUAAAGGAAGUUGCCAGAAGUACGCAGCUGGAAAUGUCAUUCCUCUCCCUGGGAAGAGAAGUCUGAAAAUAACCUUAGCUUGCUGGAGGGGAAAGGCAAGCUCCACACUUACUGUCUACUCCAAGUUAAAUUCCCAAAAAUAAAAUGUUAGCACUGGCUACAUCGGGCCAUUUAAGCAUUAGCCUUGGAAACAGGCUUGUGAAAAGCCAACAGGCAUAAAGAGAACCAUUAUGUUUUACGUAUGAAAUAAAAAUUUCCAGCCCCAUCCUAACUGUCCAUCAACAAAGCCUGUUGGACCCACAGAGUUCCACACCUUCGGGAGAUGUAAAUUUCUUUCAAAUAAAAGGAUCAUUCUUUUGUCUAAGUGUC